AGUCGCUGUUCUCUUCGCAGUGGUUCUGACGGUAUCGACGCAGCUUUCGCACGCAGCGACCAUGGAAUGGUACCGAACAGCGCAGGGUACAACUGACAGGAUAACUGCGCAGCCAAGCGUCUCGUUCGGAGACGAUUUCGCCAGCAACAUCGCCGUCACCAUCAACAGGUCCAUGACGUACCAGACAGUGCUGGGAUUCGGCGGGGCCUUCACGGACUCUGCAUCAUUCGUCUUCUCGAAGCUCAACUCUACACUGCAGACUCAAGUCCUGGACAUGUACUUCUCCGAGUCUGGACUCAGGUACAACAUGGCUCGACUGCCCAUCGGCUCAUGCGACUUCUCUCUAGAGAACUACAACUAUGACAAUAUCAGUGGCGAUGUGAACCUCACACACUUUAGCAUCGACCACGACAGAGAGAGGAUAAUCCCGUUGAUCAAGAGAGCUCUGGCUGUGCGACAGCAGUGGACAAAUGACUCUCUCAACAUCCUCGGCUCCCCAUGGAGCCCCCCAGGGUGGAUGAAGGCCAACAGCAACCCCUACUGUCCCCAGGGAUGCUCCAACUGUUACCUCAACGACGCCUCCAAGGUCUCGUGGGCACUCUAUUUCUCAAAGUUUGUCACGGCGUAUGAAGCUGAGGGAAUAAAGAUCUGGGGCAUAACUGUCCAAAAUGAGCCCGAGUAUUGUCCGCCGACCUACGAGGGAAUGAACUGGAGCCCCGAGACUGAGAGAGACUACAUCAAGACGUACUUGGGACCUCAGCUGAAGAGAGAUCAUCCCGAUCUGAACAUUCUCAUCUAUGAUCACAACAAAGACCAUGUUGUGGAAUGGGCCCAGACCGUCUACUCUGACAAUGAAGCAGCUCAGUAUGUAUGGGGUACUGCUGUGCACUGGUAUACAGGAGAUGACUUCCCGAACCUCAACACCACCCACUACCUCUUCCCGGAUAAGCCAAUCCUUGCCUCGGAGGCUACUGAAGUCAGAGAAUCUGAUCCAAAGAACCCAGACUGGGGCAAAGGGGAGCACUAUGCCCACGACAUAAUGGGGGACAUGAACAACUGGGUGGUUGGUUUCAUUGACUGGAACCUGAUACUGGACAUGUUGGGUGGUCCGAAUCACAAAGGUCCCGAUGAGUGUGAAGGAUCCGACUUGUGUGGCUCGGACUCAAUGAUGUUGGCUGAUGCGGCAAACCAGCUUGUCUAUCCACAAGUGUUCUACUACUAUGUUGGACAAAUCAGCAAGUUUGUUCCCCGUGGCUCUGUGAGAGUGUCCAAUGUGGUAUCAGGCUCUUCUCUGGAGGCAGUAGCUUUCCUGACUCCCGACAAGCAGGUGGUGGUGAUAGUCAUGAACACAGGAGACCAGCCAAUCACAUUCAAGCUGUUGGACAUCCUCGGGAGCAGCAAACGAGCCGUCAAAAUCACUGCACUGGCCCAUAGCAUACAGACUUUUCUGUACUAUUAGCUGCAAAUCAGCAAGACUAUUGUUGCAGUUUUGACAUUUUCCAUGUGAUUAUA